GUGUAAAAACAUGAACAUACAGGUGAACAGGACAGGACAGAAAGCUUGAGACAUACAGCAGCUUAGUACAGACAGACAGUAAAUUUAACAGGCAGACAGUGAAAGCAGUGGGCAGAGGAGCAUUCUACAGACUAGCCGCCUCACUAAGAAGAUCAUGGUCACCCCCAGACAUUUUAUACUCACCUUGUUCCUCAUGGCACUCCUGGGACUACAUCCAGCUUUCCCAGUGUCCGGUACCUUGCAGUCAGAUAGCUCUCUUCUCAAAGCACCAACCAAUGGCCUACCAUCAUGGGAGACUCACCAGACAAACAAUUGGCGUGCCCUGCCAUGUGCCCAACCUAUGCCCUACUCACUCCCCCCUUCCUCGGUACACAGUUUGAGGCCCUCAGAUAUAGCCAGUGUGUCUGCAAUCGGUCUCCCGCAAUCACAAAGGAGUGCAGUGUCCAGAGUGAUGAAGCAAUUAUCUGAGCUGAUGUCCAUGGUCAACCCAAAUUUGAUUAGCAUGUUGCCUGAUCAGACCAACACACAGCAAAGGAGUCUUUUGGAGCAGGUUAAUGAGCUGGUCCUCUCUUUUGCCUCUCAAAAGGUCAAGCAUUCUGAGGGAGGCUGGGGGCUGGUCCUGCUGUUCGUCCCUGUGGAUGACCUCUGCGUCUGCUCUGAACAGACUAACGCAGUGGUGGGGGCAGCUAUGCAGCAGUUGGAGGUGACUCUGCAGACACUGCACAGUCAGUUGCGUCGCACCGUGGUCAGUGUUGUUGUGUGGGGAGGACAGUCGGAGGCCAAACUAUCUCUUGCGGACAGCAGAGAGUGCCGGUGCCAGGACACACACAGUCCAGGUGAACUCAGGAUUAUGAGGGCCAUUGUCAGCCAAGUCUUGCAGGAGUCUCUAGGCCGCCACCUAGUGGAGAAACAAUGGUACAGUGACCGGGAUGACUUCACUGUGGUGCUGCAGGCCUCGCCCCUUGAUACAGACAACCCCUCCAUUCUUGAAAUGAGGACUGCCUUUCCUGGACUCAGCCCAAAACACAUUUCCAAACUGGCAUUACAGCUGUGGGAAAACCUGCUUCAGCCAAUAAGUGGUCAGAGUGACUUGGAGCAUGAUGACGCCAUCACCAGCGUUCCUUGCCCAAACGAGGAUCGACCCUUCUUGCGGACAGAGAGAAACUCCCCAUCCGUGUUCCUCACGGAGGACCGUCCUACACACAGUUACCUCUAUGACCCUAUCAUGGGUGGUGAGCUCAACUGUGAGGAUCGAAGCCCCUCCCCCUCCCCUCCUACCUCUGUUCAUGCUCUCCGUCCUGCUGAUAUUAAAGUGGUGGCAGCUUUAGGUGAUUCUCUGACGGCUGCCAAUGGAGUUGGAGCUGCUCCCAACAACUUGUUGGAUGUCCUUCGUCAGUACAGGGGUCUGUCCUGGAGCAUUGGUGGAGAUGAGAACCUCACUACUAUUACAACACUUCCCAACGUCUUAAGGUCGUUUAAUCCCUCUUUGACUGGGUUCUCAGAAGGGAUUGGAAAAGAGGGCACCCCUAAAGCUUUCCUCAAUCUGGCUGUGGCAGGGGCAAUCAGCGACGACAUGCCCGGCCAGGCACGCCUUUUGGUGGACAUGAUGAAGACUGACCCGCGCAUCAACUUUGACUCUGACUGGAAGGUGAUCACCCUGUUCAUAGGGGGAAAUGACCUGUGCAGCCACUGCAAAAACACAGUGUUUUACUCCGCAGAAAAUUUUGUGUACCGAAUCCGUCAAGCUCUGGACAUCUUACAUAACGAGGUGCCCCGUGCCCUGGUGAAUCUGGUGGAACCACUGCACAUCGUUCCUUUACGGCGGCUGCACCAAGAACGCAGUCUGAUGUGCCCCACCUGGCUGGUAAAUGUUCUGUGUAACUGUGUCAUCCCUCCUAAAGAAGGCUCCAAGCAGCUCCAGACAUUGAACGACCUUAACCGAGCCUAUCAGCGGGGAUUGUGGGAACUUGUCGAAUCGGGUCGCUAUGACACACACUCCAACUUCACAGUGGUUCUGCAGCCCUUCUUCAGAAACGUGGUGAUCCCUUUGCUGGAGGACGGUCGCCCUGAUCGCUCGUACUUCACCCCAGACUGUUUCCACCUCAGUCAGAAAUCCCAUUCCCUGAUGGCCCGUGCCCUUUGGAACAACAUGCUGGAGCCCCUGGGUAAUAAGUCCUACACACAAGACUUCAACUCAGUCCCUCAAUCCCUCAAAUGCCCUUCUAAGACCUCCCCAUUCCUGCGGACCUAUGAAAACAGCAACUACACGUAUCAGGGCCCUGUUCCCACUCCUCCACCAAUCACGAACUGGGGCAGUGACUUCUCCUGUAAGAACAAUGCCCCAUCCAAUCCUGCUCCCACCUCAGUUCACAGUUUGCGACCGGCGGAUGUCAAAGUCGUGGCGGCUUUGGGAGACUCUACAACUGCGGGGGUGGGUGCAAAGGCGAAGAACAUCUUGCAGCUGAGCAAAGAGUACAGAGGAGUGUCGUGGAGCAUUGGAGGGGAAGGUGCCCUGGAGAAUGUCACAACUCUUCCCAACAUACUGAAGAAGUUCAACCCCUCUCUGCAUGGCUCCUCUGCUGGGCAGGGGUCAUGGCAGAAAGGCUACAAUAUGGCCACGCCCGGAGCCAAAGCCUCUGAAAUCCCAACCCAGAUUGAAAAUCUGAUUAAGGCUAUGAAGAAAGACAUGAAGGUAGAUUUUAAAAUGGACUGGAAGGUGGUGACUUUAUUCGUCGGGGUCACCGAUCUGUGUGAUUUCUGUGUUGAUCAGGACAACCUGUCCCCUAAGAACUACAGUCAUCACCUGAUGCAGAGUUUGGACCUGCUGUACAAGGAGGUGCCACGGGUGUUGGUUAACGUCCUGGAGGUGCUGCAGAUUGAGGGAGUGAGAAGAGUCAAGGAAGAUACGCUGGGCUGCUCCGUGCUCCAGGGGUAUAUGUGUCCAUGCAUCCUGUUGCCAGAGGAGAACUCCCCUGAGUUGACCGAGAUGAAGAGGGUCAACCGGGAGUACCAGGCAAAAACAGAGUAUCUGGUCUCUACGGGGCGCUAUGACAAGCGUGAAGACUUCACUGUGGUCAUCCAGCCCUUCUUCCAAAAUCCCAUCAUCCCUUUAACAGAGGACGGGAGGCCUGACCAGAGCUAUUUCUCUGCGGACUGCUUCCACUUCAGCGAGAGAGCGCAUUCAGAGAUGGCCAUCGCUCUCUGGAACAACAUGCUGCAGCCGGUGGGCCAGAAGCAGGCGUACAACAACUUUACCCUUGACCGCAACAAGAUCCAAUGUCCAACUGAGGACAAACCCUUCAUCUUCACCAGGAUCAACAGCCUUCACAGCGUCCCCACCGCUGCCCCUACCUCUCUGGCCCCUCCCCCGAGCACAACGGCUGCCCCCGUCGCCACGACUACAGCCCACACGCCGCUCUGCUCCGAGUCCAUGCCGACGUGGGUAGCGCCGGUGCUCGGGGUGGCCGGCUUGCUGAUUGGCUGGGGUGUCACAUGGCUCCUCUUCUCCUGCAGAGAACGAAGACAUAGGAAGAAAGCGGAGGAGAAUAUAGCCGAGAUGAAAGGAACUGAAUUCUAACAGGGAUGGUAGAAAGAUGACUGGUCUGAACAUGCAUACUGAUCACAGUGCGUACGUGUGCCAGUGAUGGACGUAUGCCACUGUGAGUCCAAACGUACAACCAAGACUGAGACAAACAGGGCAGGGACAAAGCGAAGACAAAGACUGAUACAGUAUAUUGACUGUGACCUGGCUUUAAAGAAUUGAUCUCGUCAUUAAGGUUCUGCCAAUACACGCCCUGUUUUGAGAACUGUUUAGUUUAAAUUGGAUUUAAUGCUGCAUGUUACAAUAAAUACAUUGAAAUCGUUAACAGACUUAGAUGUUUAUAGAAGGAAGCACAGGGAGGAAUACAUACUGUAUAUAUUUGCAGAUUUCGAUUGCUGGGUCUCAUCCACACAUUCGAAUAAAAAUCCUCAAGUAGCCACUCACAUUCUUGUGCUACAAAACAUACCACAAACGUCAACCCAUUUUGUAUAUAGUUGUAUGUAAAAAUACCACAGAAAGAGACCUAACUAGCAUGUAAGAUGGAUUGCCACUGAUUGUAGAAGUUCCUGCUCACUGAUGAACUGAAUGUGUGCAUAUAUUUGGGUGCAUUCAUAACAACUAUGUGAACACCUAGAUUUGGGGACUUUGGAGUGCACAUGUGCAGACAUGUCCACAUGUAGGUAGUUAAGGCAUGCAAAGUGCCUUUUUAACACCCAAAUUAAGCAUUCAAUUAUAUUCCUAGUUCAUUCAUAUGAGCGCUGUUUAAUCUCUCCUUCGCAUCAGUGUUUGCUAUGGCUAAAGGUGUCAUUACUCAUGGCAAGAGUGGGUAAGCUCUGUCACCCAAUAUGAUGGCAUCUGGGAGAUUUUGGUUACUAAAGAUAUGGCUCUCCCUCAAUGUCCAUGGAAACUUGAUAAACUGGUUGACAAGGCUUCACUGAGGUUAUCCUCGACAUCAUUAGUGGACAAAAAUUCCAGGCUUUGAAUGGAAUUCUGCCAGUGACACAAGUUGGUGAGUCAGGACUGUGUACGACUGGGACUGAAACGGGGGACCCAGAAACCACUAAUGAGUUGGGAGAGCAAAUUAUUGUCCUUACUCACGUGGAAGCAGAGCCUGGAGACUCCCUGGUCAGCAACAGCAAGAGUCCCCUCACUCUUCAGUGGUAUAACCACCCCAUAAGAGGUGAUGAUUUGAGAAGGACCCCAAGAGUCAUGAUGGCUAUGGGGGUCUAGUGAAGAAAAAGAAACAGAGAGGACAGACAGAUCUCUCUAGAUCAGGAGCAAAUUAAAUUGACCUUGCUUCAACAGAGGGAAACAAAACGGUGUAUUUGUCUCAUUGAAGAGAGGCUAAAAGAUGCUGGUGCUGCAUUUACUGAGGAAGAACUGCAAAUUGUUUCAGGCCAUUAUUUUUGAAUAAAUAACAGUAUAUAUUUUCAAAUAA